AUGAUUGCCCUCUUCUUCUCCUUGUACGCGGCGUUCUUUUCGCUCUACUUGGGGGAGGAGUAUCAGCACCCUGGCUUCGUCUUGGCCUAUGGCGUGGGUCACAUAAUCGCCAUCGUGGUUGGCGAGGCCGUGGGUCAGAUUUUCCGCGUCCUCACGCCGCUGGACGAGAGGUAUGCAUCGAAGAUGGGGCCUUGCACUCUGGGGCCAGCCUUGGUAGGGUUUUUCAUCGGAACCUCCGGCUACGGAGUGGCCAGACGACACAGUGGACCAUGGCUAGGCGUGCUGAUGCCCUUCAUGCUGAGCGGUUAUGAGCUGCUGUGCCUGCACAUCAUCGCGAGCAACUUCUCGGCCGAGUUCGUGCAGGAGAAAGCUGUCCGCCGCAAGUAUUGUCGUGACAACCAGGGAGUCGUGAUUUCCCUCGCCAUUGCCAUGAUCCACGCUUUAGCUGAGGGUGCAAGGCUCACAUUGAUUUUGGUGGACAUUGCUCACGACGAGACACAUCUUGACUUCCUGGUCCCGAUUUGUUCUGGAGUCGUGUGGAAUGCUACGGUCCGUGCGGGAUACCUAGAUCGCUUUGCGGCACUUGUUACCUGCGGGUGGAGAACGCCGACGAACUCAAGCCUGCUCCUACAGAAAGUGAAGUACUGCAUGGGAUACCCCAGGUUCUUUGCUGUGGCGGCCAUAGCCCUGGCGAGGCUGUGCACGCUGAAUGAGGAGUUCAUCGGCUGGGCGCUGCUGGCAAUGUUUGCCGCCGAGAUCCUGGAAGACAUCAUCUCCUUGGCACUCGAAAGACUAGACCUGCGUGUGCAUCCGAAGCCGCGGCAAAUCACUGACGAAGAGGUUGAAAUCAUGGUUGCAAACGCGACCAAAAGCUCUCACGAGUCCUUGGCAUCAAGCUUCAAGCAGAUUGUUCCCAAAGCUUGGCUUGACGACCAACAAGCGGGCGUGCCCAUCCCAGCGGUUAACUUGUCAAAGGAACUCAAACCGAAGUGUUGGAAGCUUCGGGCGGCAUUCGACUUUGCAUAUGGCGACGUGGACAGCUUCGGCCAGCUACCCUUCUGGGCUCAUUUCGCAGCGAUUGCCGUAGCACAGUUCCACACUGUGCUCUUCCUUAUCAUCUUGUCGAACGGAUUGAACUACGUUCUGGGCUUCUGCCCCGAGUCAGGUUACAACGGGAUCGGGCGGGCCCUGGUAUGGUGGCCUGUAACCGACCCAGAGGACUUGUGCGAUGGAGGCUAG